AUGGCCCUGGGCGAGGAGCCGGCCGCGGGCGCGCUGGAGGACGGGGCGGAGGACGAGGCGCUGGCCCGCGGCGGCGCCCUCGAGGCGUUCGGCGAGAGCGCGGAGAUCCGCGCGCUGCUCGGCGGCCUGCGGAAGGUGCUCGGCGACCGUGCGGCCCGGGAGGGCGCCCUGGAGCGGUUCCGAGUAAUAAUGGACAAAUACCAGGAGCAGCCUCAUCUGUUGGACCCACACCUUGAAUGGAUGAUGAACUUGUUGUUGGAUAUAGUGCAAGAUAAGACAUCUUCAGUUGACCUCAUACAUCUGGCUUUUAAAUUUCUUUACAUCAUCACCAAGGUUCGAGGAUAUAAAACAUUUCUUCGUUUAUUUCCUCAUGAAGUGUCCGACGUACAGCCUGUUCUAGAUAUGUUUACAAAUCAGAACUCUAGAGACCAUGAAACUUGGGAGACCCGCUACAUGCUUUUACUGUGGCUCUCUGUGACCUGCCUGAUCCCUUUUGAUUUUUCACGCCUUGACGGGAACCUCCUCACUCAACCUGGGCAAAUGCGAAUGUCCGUAAUGGACCGUAUUCUCCAAAUAGCAGAGGCCUACUUGGUUGUCAGUGACAAGGCCCGAGAUGCAGCUGCUGUCCUUGUGUCCAAGUUUGUCACACGGCCUGAUGUCAAGCAGAAGAAGAUGGCAGGUUUCCUGGACUGGAGCCUGCACACCUUGGCCCGCUCCUCCUUCCAGACCAUCGAGGGGGUCAUUGCCAUGGAUGGCAUGCUGCAGGCCCUGGCACAAAUAUUUAAGCAUGGAAAACGUGAGGACUGUUUACCCUAUGCUUCCACCGUUCUCGAGUGCCUGGAGGGCUGCAGGCUCCCCGACAGCAACCAGACCCUGCUCCGCAAACUUGGAGUGAAGCUCGUGCAGCGGCUGGGACUGACAUUCCUGAAGCCCAGGGUAGCGAAGUGGAGGUACCAGCGUGGCUGCCGCUCGUUGGCUGCUAACUUGCAGCGCUGCGCCCAGAGUCAGAAAGAGUCGAAGGUGCACAUGGAGACUCCCGACAGUGACGGAGACUAUGACAUCCCCGAGGAAGUGGAGAGCGUGAUAGAGCGGCUGCUGGUCGGGCUGAAGGACCAGGACACGAUUGUGCGGUGGUCUGCAGCCAAAGGAAUUGGUAGGAUCGCUGCAAGGCUUCCCAAAGAGCUGGCGGAUGACGUGGUUGGGUCUGUGUUGGAUUGUUUCAGUUUUCAGGAGACGGACAAUGCCUGGCAUGGUGGCUGUCUGGCCUUGGCGGAACUGGGCAGAAGAGGCCUGUUGCUCCCUUCCCGACUUGAGGAUGUUGUCCCCGUGAUCCUGAAGGCGCUGACCUAUGAGGAGAAGCGGGGCUCCUGCAGCGUGGGCACCAAUGUUAGAGACGCCGCCUGCUACGUGUGCUGGGCCUUCGCGCGUGCCUAUGAGCCCCAGGAGCUGCAGCCCUUUGUGGCCGCCAUUUCCAGCGCUCUGGUGAUUGCCACAGUGUUUGACCGAAACAUAAACUGCAGGAGAGCAGCCUCUGCUGCUUUCCAGGAGAAUGUGGGAAGACAGGGCACUUUCCCUCAUGGAAUCGAGAUUUUGACUGCAGCGGACUACUUUGCUGUUGGCAACAGAGCUAACUGUUUCCUGGUUAUAAGCAUGUUUAUUGCCGGCUUUCCUGAGUACACACAGCCAAUGAUAGACCACCUGGUGACCAUGAAGAUCAACCACUGGGAUGGGGUCAUCAGGGAGCUGUCUGCGAAGGCUCUGCAUAACCUGGCCCAGCGAGCUCCCGAGCACAGCGCCACUCACGUUCUCCCACGUCUGCUGUCGAUGACACAGAGUCUGGACCUGCACACGCGGCACGGAGCUGUGCUUGCCUGUGCGGAGGUCGCCCGCGGCCUGUGCAGACUCGCGGUACAAGAGAGCAGGCCCGUCGCAGACUACCUGGAUGAAGCGGCAGUGCAGGGCCUGAAGCAGAUUCACCAGCAGCUUUAUGAUCGUCAGUUAUACAGGGGUCUCGGAGGAGAACUCAUGAGACAAGCAGUGUGCAUUUUAAUAGAAAACUUGUCCCUUUCCAAGAUGCCUUUUAGAGGUGACGUCAUAAUUGAUGGUUGGCAGUGGCUGAUAAAUGACACACUGAGAAAUCUCCAUCUUAUUUCAAGUCAUUCUAGACAACAGAUCAAGGGAGCGGCAGUCUUGGCCCUGGCUGCUCUCUGCAGCGAGUACUACGCCCUGGAGACUGGGGAGGCGGAUCCUGCCAGGCAGGAUGAGCUGAUACGGCAGUAUCUCGCUGACCUGCAGAGCCCAGAGGAGAUGGCUCGCUGUGGCUUCUCGCUGGCCCUGGGUGCCCUCCCGCGCUUCCUCCUGAAAGGCAGGCUGCAGCAGGUGCUGGCAGGCCUGGGAGCCGUGACUGUCAUCCGUCCUGAGGACGUGAGCUUUGCCGAGUCCAGGCGGGAUGCUUUGAAGGCCAUCUCAAGGGUUUGCCAGACGGUUGGCGUGAGAGCAGGAGGGGCCCCAGACGAGGUUGUGUGUGAAGAGAACGUCUCCCAGAUUUACCGCACCCUCCUGGACUGUCUGCAUGACUACACCACUGACAGCCGUGGGGACGUGGGCGCAUGGGUCCGUGAGGCCGCCAUGACCAGUCUGAUGGACCUGACACUCCUGCUGGGGAGGGAGCAGCCAGAGCUGAUCGAGGCCAGCGUCUGUCAGCAGGUCAUGUGUUGUGUAGCCCAGCAGGCGAGUGAGAAGAUUGACCGGAUCCGUGCGCACGCCGCCCGCGUGUUCAUGGCUCUGCUGCACCCUCACGGCUCUCCUGUCCCGCACGUGCCCCACCGAGGAGAGCUGGAAAAGCUCUUCCCCAGAUCCGAUGUGGCCUCCGUGAACUGGAAUGCGCCGUCCCAGGCCUUCCCUCGCAUCACCCAGCUCCUGGGGCUGCCCACCUACCGCUACCACGUCCUGCUGGGGCUGGCUGUGUCCGUGGGUGGCUUGACCGAGUCGACGGUUAGGUACUCGACGCAGAGCCUCUUUGAGUACAUGAAGGGGAUUCACAAUGACCCGCAGGCCCUGGAGGGCUUCGGGGGGACCCUCCUGCAGGUCUUCGAGGACAACCUUCUGAAUGACAGGGUGUCUGUGCCGCUGCUGAAGACGCUGGACCAGAUGCUGGCCAAUGGGUGCUUCGACCUCUUCACCGCAGAGCAGGACCACCCCUUCAGUGUGAAGCUGCUUGCGCUUUGUAAGGAGGAAAUCAAGAAGUCCAAGGACGUGCAGAAACUGCGGUCUAGCGUCGCGGUGUUCUGUGGGAUGGUGCAGUUCCCGGGCAACGUGAGGAGGAAGGUGCUCCUGCAGCUGUGCCUUCUGCUCUGCCACCCGUUCCCCGUGAUCCGGAAGACCACGGCUAGCCAGGUGUACGAGAUGCUGCUCACCUACGGUGACAUCAUGGAUGAGGACGUCCUUGAUGAGGUCAUGACUCUGCUGAGCACCACAGCCUGGGACGCAGAGCUCCCGCUCGUGAGAGUCCAGCGGAACCGCCUGUGUGACCUCCUUGGUGUGCCCAGACCUCAGCUGGUCCCCAAGACACUUGUGCUGUCUGGGGACUUUGUCACCCGCAGUCUCCGGGGCUGCCCAGUGAGGUGUACCAUGGGCUCAGGUCUGUCCCCUGGAGAGGAGACCCUCGUGCUGGAGACGCCCGGGUGCGACUCACAGCAGUCACCUGCCAGAGUGCAGGGGGCUUUCCAGGUUUAUGACCAGGUGAACCUGCGGGCUCCCCCCAAGAUGGCACCUCCCAGAGUCUUGCCCUCCUGCUAG